AUGUGCGGAUCACACACGAAAUCGAGACGACAUUCUGACAGCUCAGUUGGUGAGUUGCUUGAUGCUCAUACUCAUACUCGUGCUUGUCGGCAGGCUGUGUUGUCUGGCGUGCUGGAGAUACCCUGUGAGUCACGUCUGCAGGUUCCGUACUGCGGUACGCUGCCAAUGCCCUCCCGCUCCCCAAUGGGCUGGGCGCUGUCUGAACCUGUAGAUCCCAGCUCGUUGGAGGAUCUCAGUACAGCAGGCGGAGAACAGCUGGCUCGUCUUCCGAGGAGUCACAUGAUGUUUGCGGGGGCUUCUCGUGGUUCGGCCGUCAACCUGCCUCGGCGAUCUGAAGCACGGAGACCAUUGCCUUCACCGCUGAACCAAAUGCCUCACAGACUUCGUGGCCCGCGGCGUCCAGCCUUUUUCGCUUCGAGCUACUCCGGACCUCCAGUGGCUCCUCAGGGUGACGGGGCAUGUACCAGUGACCGCAGCUGCAGCCCAGCAAGCUCUAGCCGCCUGCAAGAUGUAGAGGUCGAAGAAGAGCGUAGCGGGAAUGACAGGAGUGUGGCUCCGUCAGUGCCUAGCCGACAGAGUCGUUCGCGUCCCGGACCUUCUACCCCACAGCCACUGGGUGAUGCCCAUGACCGAAUCUAUGACAGAGCGCGGUCCGUACCUUUACAUGACCGAAAUCAGCGGGUGGCUCUUGUCAUCUAUGACCAGGUGUCGCCGCCAAGUACUGUUCCACAGGCUGCGGACAUGUGGACCAACGAAGCCCCUGUAACACCACGCGGCCACGAGGUCGAGGGCACUGAGGAGUUGGAAAGGCAUGUAUCUCAUCGGUCCGUGUCGGAGCUUUCAUCGCCUUGGCAAGUGGCAGAGGAGCUGGGCCAGUCGGGCGGUAUGGUUCCUCCAAGAUACCUCUUGGUGCGAUUAGGCGAGUGCAUCCCUGCCGAGACGGGCGCAGCGCCUGUCCAUCGCUCCAGGCUGGACUGUGGCCCACAGUGGAGAGACUUCCUGAACUUCACAGAGGCGUCCAACCCUGAUGGAGUUGCUCUUGAGGAAGUAUUGACGUGUCCGUGCUGUUUGAGCAUUUUCCGCCAGCCCAUUGCGCUUCCUUGUGGACACAAUCUGUGUCGUGGAUGCUACAUCCAGGUCUUCUCACAGCCCGCCUCUUCUCGCAGAUGCCCCCUCUGCCGCACGGACCUGCCCCGAUUUGAGCUCCGAGUCAAUGUGGCACUGGCCGCUGUUUCGGAUUCACUUCGUGCUUUCCAAACCAUUCGCAGGCCGCAUCCACGGCCAAAUGCAGGUGAUCGUGGUGCAGACGAGCCAGAAGAAACAUCGUGUGUGUUUUAG